GCGGAAGCAGCUGGCUCGCGCGGGGCCGAGGGGGCGGGGAGAGCUGUGAAGAUGGCGGCAGUCGUGGAGGUGGAGGUUGGAGGUGGUGCUGCCGGGGAACGGGAGUUGGAUGAGGUUGAUAUGUCAGACCUCUCCCCAGAGGAGCAGUGGAGGGUCGAGCAUGCACGCAUGCAUGCCAAGCACCGUGGCCACGAAGCCAUGCACGCUGAAAUGGUCCUCAUCCUCAUCGCUACCUUGGUGGUGGCCCAGCUGCUCCUGGUGCAGUGGAAACAGAGGCACCCCCGCUCCUACAAUAUGGUGACCCUCUUUCAGAUGUGGGUUGUUCCCCUCUAUUUCACAGUGAAGCUGCACUGGUGGAGAUUCCUAGUGAUCUGGACCUUGUUCUCUGCUGUCACAGCCUUUGUCACCUUCCGAGCCACCCGAAAACCACUAGUACAGACCACCCCAAGGCUUGUUUAUAAGUGGUUCCUGCUAAUCUAUAAAAUCAGCUAUGCUACUGGCAUUGUUGGCUACAUGGCUGUCAUGUUUACCCUCUUUGGUCUUAACUUACUAUUCAAGAUCAAACCAGAAGAUGCCAUGGACUUUGGCAUUUCUCUCCUCUUCUAUGGUCUCUACUAUGGAGUUCUUGAGCGGGACUUUGCAGAAAUGUGUGCAGACUACAUGGCAUCCACCAUAGGGUUCUACAGCGAGUCGGGCAUGCCUACCAAACACCUUUCUGACAGUGUAUGUGCCGUGUGUGGGCAGCAGAUCUUUGUGGAUGUCAGCGAAGAGGGCAUCAUCGAGAACACGUAUAGGCUGUCUUGCAAUCACGUAUUCCACGAAUUCUGCAUCCGCGGCUGGUGCAUUGUGGGAAAGAAGCAGACGUGUCCCUACUGCAAAGAGAAGGUAGACCUCAAGAGGAUGUUCAGCAACCCCUUCUCUCUCCCAGCUGUGGCUUCCCAUGGUCCCCCACUGCUCACGCCAGGGGGCCCAUCCUCAGAGGAAUGGGGACUGCGACGAGUCGAGGGUUCAUCCUUUUACUCUUGUCCCCCCUACAUGUUUGUACUCAUGUGAGAAGCUGAGGCCAGUCUGUCCAAGGCCGUCCUCAUACUUCCACAGUCCUGAGCCCCAUGAACUCCUAGCGGCCCAGCUCUGGUCUUGUUUACACUCUAAGGUAGAGUCCCAUCUCCUCUUCCUCCUGUUCCCCAAAGGACUGUGUCUCUUAGAAGCCCCAAGCAGCCUCGCCUCCUGACCUAACUACUGGAGUACUGGUGUUCCUAGGGAGGAGUCUCUGAUGUUCCUGAUGGAUCUUGCAAACCCAUUUCCAUCUCCUGGCCUUCUGCUCCAUUUCCAGAGUUCUGUCCUGAUCACAGAGGUCACAAACCGAGACACUCAGGUCUCUUACUUCACACUUGGUCUGUACACACCAAUCACAGUCCUGGCCUUUCUGCCUCCCCAGACACUUGCACGACCCUGAUGGUGAGCGCCUUCCUCGCCGUUCCAUAGUCCUGGCCACCACAGCCCCACCCAUUUGUGCCAUCAGUGACCAGAGUGACAUAUUUAUACACUGUUGCCCAAGCCUGUGCUGGCCUGCUGCUCCUCUUCCCUGGGCGGUGCCCUCCCCUCCUUUUAAGGCCAGUGCUCCAGCUGGUGUUCCAGGUUCUCAGUUUGGCUUGGAGAGCUUCCUGCAGACAAGACUGGGUCAGACUCAGCUAGCUGAGCCGUGGAGCUCCAGGGAGGGGGAUUCCAAGGAGGAGGGCUCUUUGGGGCUAGGCAGAGGGACUCCAGACUUACUGGUGAACCUAGACUGUAGCUCUGGCCAAGGGGUUGGGCUGAGAGAAGUGAGGAGGAUUUGCUGGGAUGAUGGGUACGUGUUGGGGUGGUGGUUGGAGGGAGAGCCUGAGAAAGGCCAGGAUGUGGAUGGUGAAUGGGCUGGUGUGACAUUGAACCUGAAAUGGUCAAAUGAUUCAACUUGGGGUCCCCAGUGCCAAGGAGAGUUGUCCCCUCCAAUAUGGCUGUGAAAUGUGAGGAAAGAAGCAGGUCAUCUACUCCUGUAGGAGCAAAGGCCUUGAUGCAGGGCAAAGAUGGACACCAAAGUCCUGAUCCUUGCCUGGGACAGAAUUGAUCUGUGAGGGACUCAUUACUUCAUGCCUGAUGUGACCCUGGGAGGCUGAAGCUGAGGCUGGAUCAAAGUUUGUUACCCUGGUCUGAUAUCAUCUGGAAGCAGGGAGUCUGGGAAUUAAUUAGCAGGAGGAUUGAAGGCCACUGUAAGCUUUGCUCCGGAAGAGGCGCCAUGUGCAGGAGGGCGGUCGCCAUGCAUUUGUGCUUUGUCUGCUAGUGACCUGGAGCCUGCUCUGGAUUCCCUAGUUAGAAUAAAAGUGAAAGCGAAAUAGGAGGGGGCAGUGCUUUUCCCAGAAGGAUUUCACUUACCCUGCCCUUCCCAGAACCAGCCCUGGCUGUGUGGAGAGAGCUUUGUGACUAGGUAAGUCCCAGCCCCGACUUGGGCCUCACUUUCUCCAUCCCUGUAAUGAAAGGGUUAGGUUAGACAAACAUUAUUAUCAUAACGGUAAUGGUAAUAAGACCUAGGGUGGAGAAAGAGUGUCACUGGAUCAUCUCCAGCUUUGUUUUAACUGCUGGAAGAGCCCCAACCUGUGACAGAUGCUUGGGCAAAUAGGACAGUAAACAAAUAGCAGUGCCUGGCAGCCUGCUUCAAGUUGAGACCUAGAGAGGGGAGUCUAUGGGAAGGGAGGCCACUGAGGUUUAUUCAUCAUUCCCGUCCCCACCCACCUCCUCCCUGACCUCCCCCAGAGAGGAGGAAGUUGUCACAGAUAAAUAGAGCCAAGCACGCCAGCUUCAGACACAUGCCAGCUCCUGA